GGCUGACGUGGAGGGUCCGGGUUAGCGGGCUGGGCGGGCUUUCAGGAUUGGGGACCCACAGGCCGGGCCCCUGGGCCCGAGGUGGCGACGGAGGCGGCGGUAUAAAGCCGGCGACGGGGAGCAUGUAAUGUCGGAAUGCGGAGGCCGCGACGGCGGCAGCAGCAGCAGCAGCAGCGACGACGCCGAGGACGAGGGUGGCGGCGGCGGCUCCGCGGGCUUCGGCUCCCCCAGCCAGGCCUCAGCCCCAGCGUCCUCGGAGGGCCGGCUCCGCCGCGGGCUGCGCGACUUCUCGCUCAUGGCGCGGCGGCGGCCAGAGCUGCUCUGCGGGGCGGUGGCGCUCGGCUGCGCACUGCUCCUCGCCCUCAAGUUCACCUGCAGUCGAGCAAAAGAUGUGAUAAUACCAGCAAAGCCACCUGUCAGCUUUUUCUCCUCGAGGUCUCCAGUCCUUGACCUCUUCCAGGGGCAGCUGGACUAUGCAGAGCUCAUUCGCCAGGAUUCGGAGGUGGUGCUGCUAUUCUUCUAUGCCCCAUGGUGUGGCCAGUCCAUCGCAGCCAGGGCAGAAAUUGAGCAUGCAGCAAGCCAGCUUUCAGACCAGGUGUUGUUUGUGGCAAUUAACUGUUGGUGGAACCAGGGGAAAUGCAGAAAACAGAAGCACUUCUUUUAUUUUCCUGUAAUACAUCUAUAUCAUCGAAGUUUUGGACCAAUCGAGUACAAAGGCCCCAUGAGUGCUGUUUACAUUGAGAAGUUUGUCCGUCGGGUGAUGAAGCCGCUUCUCUACAUCCCAUCUCAGUCAGAAUUACUAGAUUUUCUCUCAAACUACGAGCCUGGUGUUCUCGGGUUCUUUGAGUUCAGUGGCUCACCCCAGCCCCCUGGCUAUUUGACCUUCUUCACCUCAGCAUUGCAUUCAUUAAAAAAAGAUUACCUAGGAACAGUACGAUUUGGGGUUAUCACAAAUAAACAUCUUGCGAAACUGGUAUCCUUAGUACACUCUGGAAGUGUGUAUUUACAUAGACAUUUCAACACAUCACUUGUCUUCCCUCGAGAGAUCACGAACUUCACAGCCGAGAACAUUUACAAGUGGGCCUUGGAAAACCAGGAAUUGCUCUUCCGAUGGCUGCGGCCCCAUGGGGGCAAGAGUCUGCUGCUGAAUAAUGAGCUGAAGAAGGGACCUGCGCUGUUCCUGUUCAUACCUUUUGACCCCUUAGCCGAAAGGCACCCUCUUAUAGAUGAGAUCACCGAAGUGGCCUUGGAGUACAACAACUGUCAUGGGGACCAGGUGGUAGAGCGCCUUCUUCAGCAUCUGCGGCGGGUGGAUGCACCCGGCUUCCAGACCCUGGCACCAGAGCUGCCAGCCUCGCUGUCAGACGUACCACUGAGGACAGCAUCCCGCUGCUGUAACACCGUGGUGCUGCCCCAGGGGCACGCCUUCUCCAGGACCCACAAUGUCUGUGAGCUGUGUGUCAACCAGACUGCCGGGGGCACCAAGCCGAGCUCAGUCAGUGUGUCACAGUGCAGCUUCUUCGAGAUGGCGGCGGCUCUGGAUUCUUUCUACCUCAAGGAGCAGGCCUUCUAUCAUGUAACGUCAGGCAGCAUGGAGUGCAGCAACUUUUUAACUUCCUACAGCCCUUUCAGCUACUACUCUGCGUGUUGCAGGACCAUGAGCCAGGGCUCAGCAGGCCUUACUGGCUCUCAGCAAGAUGUCUUUGAAACCCCGGCCAUUGCCUUCUCUUCCCUGGAGAGCAAAUGUGAGGCUGCUACCCCCAGCUCUGUUCCUCACAUUGAGGAGAGCAGGUAUCUCUUUCCUGAAGCGGGCCUCACGCGCACAACCUUCACAGGCCUGAGCUGCAGAACCAACAAGACCGUGAACAUCUACCUUUUGGAUUCCAAUUUAUUUUGGUUAUAUGCAGAGAGACUGGGUGCACCAAGCUCCACGCCCGUGAAAGAAUUUGCCACAAUUGUUGAUGUGAAGGAAGAAUCCCACUAUAUCUUGGAUCCAAAGCAGGCCCUCAUGAAGCUCACCCUAGAGUCUUUUAUUCAAAACUUCAGCGUUCUCUACAGUCCCUUGAAAAGGCAUCUCAUUGGAAGUGAUUCUGCCCAGUUCCCUUCUCAGCAUUUAAUCACUGAAGUGACAACUGAUACCUUCUGGGAAGUAGUCCUUCGGAAACGGGAUGUUUUGCUUCUUUAUUAUGCACAGUGGUGUGGCUUCUGUCCAUCCCUCAAUCACGUCUUCAUCCAGCUAGCUCGGCUUCUGCCAGGGGACACAUUUACUGUGGCCAGGAUUGACGUAUCUCAGAAUGAUCUUCCUUGGGAAUUUAUGGUUGACCGUCUUCCUACCAUCUUGUUUUUUCCCUGCAACAGAAAGGACCUAAGCGUGAAGUACCCUGGAGACCUCUCCAUCACCCUCCCGAACCUGCUCAGGUUCAUCUUGCAUCAUUCAGACCCUGCCUCUGCCCCCCCGAGCUUGGGUCCCCCUUCUACCGAAGAAUGUCUUCAGAGCAAGGCAGUCUUAAAGCAAGGGCACAUUGCCCACCUGGAGAAAGAGAUGCAGAGGCUGAGAGAGGAGAGAGGCAGCCUGCACCGGGCGCGGGCGCAGGUGGACGGUUGGCUCCUGCGCACCCGCAGGGACAGGCGCCGUCUGCUGCGGCAGCAGCGGACCCUGGAACGGCAGCAUAGCCUGCUCUGGCAGCACAGCAAGCAGCUGCAGGCCCAGUAUGCAAAGAAGGUCCGAGAGCUCCAGGAACUGGACGGCACCUCAGAUGCCCUCUCCGAGAACAACGCAUGGCUCAGGGUCCUCAUGGCCACCAUGGAGAGGAAACCAGAGGGCCAGGACAGGGCCAAGGACCCAGUCCCCCCAAGACAGGCACAACCUGACCACCCUGAGCCCACAGGUGCCCCCUGGUUACCUGGAGGCAUCCCUCCAUCUUCCAACGCCAGCUCCAUGCUGGCAUCCGAGAGGAAGAAUGAGAACAGGACAGACUGAUUUUUGCAAUGACAUGAAGGAAUCAGAGGUGAAAUCUGUACAUUGGGAAUAUAUUUAUGCAAAUUUUAUUGAAAUUUAUUGUAAAUAAAGAAUUUUCUCAGUGGUCUAGAGAAUCACCUUGAAUGUCAUUCAGCUUUUAUUGAACAGGGACGACAUCCCUCCCACUUAUUGCACAAACUUGGUAGCUUUGAGUCAGAAACAGUAGCAGUCCAUUUGAAGAUGUGUCUGAAUAAUCAUUUCUGAGUGGCUCAGUGUCAGCUCCCUCCCUGCUCCCUCCUGUUGCUUCUGCACAUGAAGAUGGAAGCGUCGUUUCUUGACUAGUCACAAAACCUGAAUGCAACAGUUGGGCUACUGAGAGAAUUCAAAGGGAGGUCAUAACUUACUAAGCCACUGGAGCGCAUGGCUCUGAUGUCUAUGCUUAAAAAAAAGUAGCCAUUGAUGCAUAGGAACAGGGAGAACUCGUGUGGCCAUUUGCUACUUCUACAGGCAUCUUCAAUUUCCUCCCAAAGGA